UGGGUGGCGCUAGUAACGCGUGGCAGGCGCGCGCGGGCGGGCGGGUCGCGCGCGUCCCUUCUCUUGACUACCGCGCUUCGAUUCCUUGUUCGUGGAAACCGGAGAGCACAGCGAAUUCCGGUUUAGGCUCGGUUCACUCCGUUCUUCAUUCGGCUACCUUGUUCCGUCUCCCCCCCCUCAUUUCUAGUAUCCCCGUCGCCACUGCGACCACCAGCACCACACGACUUGUCAGUUUCCCUUCCCUCCCUGGGUGUUAUUCUGUUCCUCUCGACAGUUCCCGGCCCAGGCUAUGGCGGCGAGCGCGAAGCGAAAGCAGGAGGAGAAGCACCUGAAGAUGCUCCGGGAAAUGACGAGCUUACCUCCCAACAGAAAGUGCUUUGACUGCGACCAGCGCGGCCCAACUUAUGCCAACAUGACGGUGGGCUCCUUCGUCUGUACCUCCUGUUCAGGAAUUUUACGAGGAUUGAACCCUCCACACAGGGUGAAGUCCAUUUCCAUGACGACCUUCACGCAGCAAGAAAUCGAGUUUUUGCAGAAACAUGGCAAUGAGGUGUGCAAACAAAUAUGGCUAGGCCUUUAUGAUGACAGGACCUCUGCCGUUCCAGACUUCCGUGAACCACAAAAAGUAAAAGAAUUUCUUCAAGAAAAGUAUGAGAAGAAAAGAUGGUUUGUUCCCCCAGAGCAGGCCAAGGUCGUGGCCUCUGUCCAUGCCUCCAUCUCAGGAUCUUCAGCUAGCAGCACCAGCAGCACCCCUGAGGUUCGACCCCUCAAGUCACUGCUUGGGGAAUCUGCCCCCACACUGCACCUCAACAAAACUACACCUAGUCAGUCCCCAGUGGUGAGCCGUGCACAGGCACAACAGAUGGGUCAGCAGUUCCAGGAGAAGAAGUUUGACCUCCUCAGUGACCUGGGCGGUGACAUCUUUGCUGCCUCGACUUCUCAGACUGCAGGCUCUGCCAACUUCGCAAACUUUGCACAUUUCAACAGCCACCCAGCUCAGAGUACUGUUAAUGCAGACUUUGCAAACUUUGAUGCGUUUGGACAGGCUGGUGCAACGGCUCAAUUCCCAUCAGCACCACAGGCUGCUUUUCAGCCCUCACAUACAGUUUUCACUGCUCUCUCAUCCAGCCGUAGUGUGGGUGAGUUUACCACUGUUCUGCUACCCCUGACCUCACACAGUAGCAGCUCUGGAUUAGCUAAUGCCAGUUUUGCAAAUUUUGACAACUUCCCCAAAUCCUGUAGCGCUGACUUUGGAUCCUUCAGUUCCUCCCAGAGUAACUCCGCAGGAGGCCCCAAAGCGGCUGUAGACAGCACUAGCGUCCCAGCUGAUAGAUACGCAGCUCUGGCUGACCUGGAUAACAUCUUUAGCUCUGCCAAACCUGAGCAAGGAGGUAGUAUACUUAGUGGGAUAAGUUCUGCCCCGGCUUCAGCAGGAGUAGUGCCACCUCAGUCCCAAUCUGCUGGGGGUGGAGGCGACCGCUAUGCUGCCUUGGCUGAGCUAGACAAUGUCUUCAGUUCUUCUGCCCCAACUAGUAGUGUGUACAGCACAAGCAGCUCUGCCCCAGGCAGUGUCUUUGGUGCUGUGACAGGGGUUACUCCAGCCCAGGUACAGCAGGUGAUCCCCAGUAUGCCCCAGGGUUUUGGAGCAGCUCCAUCAACAAAUCCCUUUGUUGCUGCUCCGGUUGCCCCAGCAACCGCCCCAACCAAUCCGUUCCAGACCAAUGGCAGAGCAGCAGCUGUGGCAGCCACAGGUGGAGUCGGCUUGUUUGGAACCCUGCACGGGCAGGCCUUCCCUCAGGCACAUUUUGCCUCAUUUGGCACAGGCUCUAUGAGCAUGCCGGCUGGUUUUGGGAACACUGCUGCUUACAACCUUCCCACCAGCUUCAGUGGGACCUUCCAGCAGCCCUUCCCUGGACAAGCACCCUUCCCUCAGCCUCCUGCCUACCCUCAGCAGCCCAAUGGUGCAGGCUUCCCAGCCUUUGGACAGGCCAAACCUGUGGGUGCACCCUUUGGACAGGCAGUGUCAGGACCCGGAGUGUCUAGUAACCCCUUCCUGGCAGGAGCUUCUGCAGGACAGUUCCCCACAGGUGGUUCCUCCACAAAUCCUUUCUUAUAGCGCACUUUCCUAGAUCGGCCACUAGGAGGUGACAAGUCCAACACACACACCUCUUGCACUGUUUGGUUUCACAAGUAGCUUUAAAACACAAGGUUUCUAAAACUGGUAUUUUGUAUUGAGUUAAAAACAAUGCUGAUGAAAUCAAUGGAAACUGUCAGUGAAACAUGGAAAUGAUGUGCAGAAGGGUCUUUUCACAUCCUGUAUUUAACCUGUGAACUGGCCUGACACCCACAGAGCCAACUGUAUAUUAAACCUGGCUGAUACUAAGUUAUUGCAAAUACCCAGUUCAUUAUGCUGCAAUCCUGUACAUAUUUUUUCUUAGAAAAUUAACUCUUUGUGCAUAUCAGUAUUUGUAUCUAACAUGUGUAUGUAACAGGAAAUAGGAAGUGGGCUACAGAGAGUUACUUUAUUUGUGAAUAACUAAAUUUGUGAACUAAAUGCAACACAGGCAGUUCGGUAUCCAUAACUAUAUAUUGCUAAAAAGGAGAAAGAUUGUAUUCUGUUGGUAAAAGGAAAAAAUAAACAACCUCUUUUUGUUCCCUGACCUGAGGGCUUUCACUCCUCCUAAAAGGGGAUGGGGCUUACCUGGAUAUUGCAUUACAUUUGCUUGUCCAGCUCCUCAGGUGCUCGGAGACUAUUAGGCUAAGACCACUUAUGUCAGGUGUUACAUAAAUUUAAGUUAAUGUGUAUAUAUAUUAAAAUGAAUUUUAACUAAAUGAAUCAUCCUUUAGUAUUUCUGUAUAAUUCAUUUUCAUAUGUUGAAACACUUUGAGUUCAUUAUAUAUAUAUAUAUAUAUAUAUAUAUAUAUAUAUAUAUAUAUAUAAAUACGUGUGUGUGUGUGUGUGUGUUAUACUCUUAUACUCUUGAACAUGACCACCUUGCACAGUGCAGAGGAAAAACAGAUUGUGACCUGAGUGAUGCCAACAGGAAGAUAAACAGCCCCGCAAAAUUUGAAAUAUUUCUAGUUGUAUUGUAUACUGCAUUUUUCAUUUGCCUUGUAAUUAGUUUAAUCAAUGAUAAUAAAAUAUCAAAUAUUGCAUCCUCUGGUUUCCACUAGAGGGCAGUGAGCCAGUUCUUCAAUCAGAUUUCAUUCUAGUUGCCCACCAUUCAGGACUACAAAGGCUUUGGGUCAUGAGGAGGAUUGUAUUUACAUGCUGCUCUAAAGGAAUGAACAUCUCAUCUAAUUGCAGAGCUUGUUAUGUGGCAGGUGUCUCGGGCCGUGCUUCUUGCUCACAAGGUGGAUGUACUGUGUGACUUCUGCUCACCACUGUGUAUAUACCUCUCACAAGGAAUAAGAGGGCUAUGAUGGAGAAAUAGGUUCCAUAUACGAUGAACUGUAAGACAGUAACAUUGAUGUCUGGUCACAAGAUUCUCUUUGCUAGAAGUCAUGCAGUGUACACUAACCCAAACAAGUACUACAGCGAUAAAGCACAGUAGUAAAGCAAGUUGUCAAGGGUCCUGAAAUAACUAUAUUCACCUGUGAAAUAAUGUUCAAGCCUAGUCCUUUGCUGUCCACAACCACUACAGUAAUGGUUGUCUGUAGGACCAAAGCACAAAAAUUGUUGGCUCCAAAGAUCAAGGCAUAUCUCUCUACUGACAAGUCCGCAGCAAUCUGGAACCUGGUGUAGAAAAGAGCAACAGAAAAGAUGAAGGUAUUUCUGUUGUUUCUGAGUUGUUCUUUGCAACUAAGAAUUAUAUCUGACACACAGCCCAGGGUGCUAUGAAUACCACUUACAAUAACACUGCCCAUUAAACAUAGCACAGCACAAGUUUAGAAAGCCUCCGUUUUGGUUUACUCACAUAGCAAUUGUGAUAAGUAGCAUAUAUAAGAACUUGAAGCUGACAUAACUAGCAUAGCAGACCCAGAUAUUUCCUGCAAAGGUCAUGAGGAAGAGUACACCUGCACCCAAGCCUGAGAAUGACCCAAGAGCCAGUUCACCCCAUGUGGACCAAUUCACAUUUAUGAAGCCGACUGUGUAAGCUGCAGCAGCACCUGCGUAAAGUAUAAGAACAAUUUUGGUUAAUACAUAAAUAUAGUUUUAAUCCAGCCAUCAUCCUGUAUAUACAGGUGUCUUGAAUAAACUGUUAAUUGAAUGAAUUUCUAAGUUGAAAGCUAUCUAACCUUUGUUUGGUUCAACUGAAUUUUGGGAUGAUUGACUUGUAUCUCCUGGCUAAUAAAAUAGAUUAAACAUG